AUGGACAAUCCUCUAACAUUUGUUUGCAUAAGCGAUACUCAUUCGCGCUUUAUUGAAAUUCCUUAGGGAGAUGUAUUUAUCCAUUGUGGAGAUUUCUCAACACAUGGAGAAUACAAAGAAGUCGAAGUGUUCAUUGAUUGGAUAAAGGCAUUACCUUUUAAAUAUAAGGUUGUGAUAGCAGGAAAUCAUGAUAUUUUUCUAGAUAUUGAAAAAUAUGAAAAAUAGCUCAGGGAUCGAUUCCACAAAAGAUAUGCUCCCAUGGAUCAUAUAAAACUGAAAGAGAAAUUAAAGUAAAGUUGCAUUUACUUGGAGAAUUCUUCUGUCGUUAUAGAAGGAUAUAAGAUUUGGGGAAGUCCAUAUUCUCCAACAAUACCUUUUAAUCCAUGGGCAUUUUAAGUUGAUGAAGAAGAUGGUGAAGAAUUUUGGAAAAUAAUGGAGGAAGGAUCUGAUAUUGUUUUAACACAUGGAGCCCCAUUAGGUCAUAGCUCUUAUGUUAGUAGUUACGAACCUACUGAGGGAGAAUGGGGAGAUCAAGCAUUAGCUAAUCGAAUAAAAGAAGUUAAGCCCCUUUAUCAUAUUUUUGGACAUGUGCAUGAAGGCUAUGGGAUGACGGAGGAAAAUGGAACUAAGUAUAUCAAUUGCGCAAUUCUUGAUGAACGCUAUAAAUUAGCUGAAAAAGCUUAUGUCUUUCAAUUACCAAGAAGAGUAGUAUCAGAGAAUGAAAGCAUAAAACAACAAUUUUGA